UGGGUGGCUUACCCUCUCUCUGCUGGGAAAGAGACCAAGAAAUCUUGGGGAACAGACCAAGAUGCUAAGAACCCCAAUGCUGGGCAGGGGUCUUUGGCCGCCCUGGAUAGGGUCCCUGUGGGGCCCCCACCGUCCCCCACGGCUGACACGGGCACACUCACACGGUCCCUGCACUCAGACGGUGCACCCCCUCUGGAAAGGUCCAGUCCCCGUGCCGGGGGGCAGCCGCCAGUCCCCCAUCAACAUCAGCCAGAGGGACAGUGUGUACGACCCCCAGCUGCCACCACUCAGGGUUGCCUAUGACGCGGCCAGCUGCCAGCACAUUUGGAACACGGGCUACUUCUUCCAGGUGGAGUUUGACGACUCUGCUGAGGGAUCAGGGGUCAGCGGGGGUCCCCUGCAGAACCACUACCGGCUCCGGCAGCUGCACUUCCACUGGGGGGCAGCUGACGAGUGUGGAUCGGAGCACACAGUGGACGAGCGCGUGUUCCCAGCCGAGCUUCACGUGGUUCACUGGAACGCCGCGAAGUACCCGAGCUACCAGGCGGCGGCGGGCGGCCCUGAGGGCCUGGCGGUGCUGGCCGUGCUCCUCAAGCUGGGGGCCCCACACCAGGCACUGCAGACGCUGGUGGACGUCCUGCCGGCCAUCAGGCACAAGGACGCACGGGCAGCGCUGGGCCCCUUCCAGCCGGCCUCGCUGCUGCCGGCCUGCCCCGACUACUGGACCUACCCGGGCUCCCUGACCACGCCACCCCUCAGCGAGUCGGUCACCUGGAUCGUCCACAAGACACCCAUUGAAGUGUCCCCUGCCCAGCUGGCUGCCUUCCGCGCGCUCCUGCUGUCGGCUCGCGGCGAGGAAGAGAGGGCGAUGGCCAACAACUUCCGUCCCGUGCAGCCCCUCAUGGAUAGGAGGGUCCGUGCCUCCUUCCGGGCCCCCCUGCGCUCGUGAUGCCCGCAGCAGGGGCGGCCGAGCCCCCGCCAGCGCCACAGGGAGCCUGCAAACGAAGCAGAGAGAAAGUCGGGGGCUCGCCGUCUGAGUUCUGCUACUGGGCCCCUUCGGAGGCAGCUCCCGGGCCCGGACUCCCCCAGCCCCGAGGCCCCUCCGCGUCCCAGCCUCACCAGCCACCCCUCGGCCCACGCUGGCUUGGCUCCGUCUCCCCCUCCCGGGGUCCGGCCACUGGGAAGUUUAUCUGAGCCCCCAGAGUCUGAAACACAUCGUGCCUCCCGGGAGUGGGCAGGAGGUUGUGGGCAGCUGUGCCCGAGUCCCCGCGUGAAGACACAAGCCAGGCGCACGCUCUGGGCUCGGGGUCAGGGCGGCCUGUGUCCCCCCACCCCCCAGGCAGAGAGGGGUCCUGGCCUCUGCUCCGCAGGGCCUUCUCUUGUCCAGACCCCAGUCUGCACAGACACCUGCUCCUCCGCAGAGACUCAGCCUCACAGCCAGCCCGGGCCCCGUGCGAGGGAGCGGGAGGGCCGGGCCCACAGUGCACGAGGGGCCUGAGUGAGUUCAAGGGUGGCUUGUGCGGGCGGGGGGGUUCCUUCUCCCUGUUUCAGGGUGUCCUGCAGUGUCCGCAGGAGACUGUCUGGCCCCCUGGCCCCCGGGACCCCCGCCACGCGCUCACAGCAGCUUCCCUCCGGGACAGCGUUCCUGCUCCUGGCUUUCCGGGCAACAGGCCGGGUCCCAGCCUGCAGCACGGGCGGGACGGGUGUGGUUUUGUCCCAGAAUGUUGUCUCUGGGGAGACCUUGCCGUCCCGGGUCUCUCCUGACGUGGGUCUCGGGCCACCCGCAGAGCCUCGGGCUGUAGGACGGAGGAACCAUGCGCCGGCCCUGCCCCCUUAGGGGAUGCAGCCAUGCCCCAGCCUGUGCGAGCCAGCUCCUCUCCCUGCAGAGACCCCACCCCACCCGGCGACACAGCACAGCCCACGCUCCAGGGGGCAGGGAACCCACCGUGCAGCACGGGGAGUGCUCUGCACGGCACUUUCUGGGAUGCAGUGCUCUGGAACUGCUUGAUCGCAUAGUGCUUUACAUGAUAGAAUGUUCUAGAAUUGUUCUCUCCCUUUGUACUUCCUGGGAUGGUGGGACAUUUUGGAACUACUACAUUCACUAGUAUUCCCUACAACGGACUGUUCUGGACUUGCUCUCUCUCAUAGCACUUCCUCUAAUAGAAUGUUCUGGAACUGCUAUGUCUCAUAGCACUUCCUACAGUGAAACAUUCUGGAACCUCUCUGUCCCAUAGCUCUCCCUUGGGUGGAGUGCUCUGGAAUUGCUCAGUCCUCGAGCACUCUCUGUGACGGAGGAGCAUUUUGGAACUGUUCUGUCCCAUGGCAUUUCCUGUGCGGCGGGAUGCUCUGGAGCCGCUGUCCUGGGCACAGGCAGCCCCGGGCACAGUUGACCCGUGUGCUGUGGCCAGUGGGAUUAGCCCUAAUCGCACAGAAUCAUAACAAACACUCUCAGCACACAAGGCCAGUGUCCCUGCCAGUGGUGCGGGUGUGUGCUGACCUGAGUGUCGUCCGUCCGUGGGAACCACGGAGGCCGUGCUCUGUGCUCUGUGCUCGCGCCUGGCCCUAUUUAGGGCACUCGCCAUGCCCCCCCUCUCAGGACCACGCGUGCCCAGGGACACAGAGAUGAACCACGAAUGUCGCUGGUGCCUCCCGAGAGUGGGAGGGCCCGACACAGAGCCCCCUACAGCUCCCAGGACCUGCACAGCAGUGCUCUGAGACAGGAUAUGGGUCCACUUUCCACCAGCGGGCUGCGUGAAGGGGUUUGCUGGGAAGCUCGAGUCCCAGGAUGCCGGAGCUCUCAGAAGAGCCCGGGUCUCCUCUGAUGGCACCCCCAUCACCAACCCCACACUGCUCACAGGACCGCGCCCCCUCAAGGACCCUGGCCCCUCGCAGGACAAAGCCCCCUCAAGGACA